UUCGUCCCACGCCUUCUACAGAAGCAUGGAGGUUGCUGCGCGUGACUCCGGCCCUGGCUGUUCUUCGUCCUCCGCGGACAACUCGGAGGUCUCUGUGUCCACGGAGCUGCUGACGGCGGGGAGCGAGGGCCGAGGAGGUAUAUGGGACAGGUUGCUGAUCAACUCUAAGCCUAAUUUCAGGAAGACCUCCACUCUUCAGACAGUUCGCAUCCAGAGGAGUCCAUUACUGGACCAAGUACAGACCUUUCUCCCACAACUGGCCCAGGCCAACGAAAAGCUACGAACCGAAAUGGCAGUUGCUCCACCUGGCCAUUUCAAUAUUGAAAAUAUUGAUGAAACUUCUGGAAACGUUAUACAAAUGGAUGUGGCUUUAUUUGAAAUGAAUCGGUCUGAUUUGAAAGAAGAGGACAGUUCGGACAAGAGCUCCCAAGAUGAUUCAGAGGGCAGUUCAGAGUCUGAGGAUGAAGACGAUGGUAUCCCAUCUGAAGUCACCAUAGAGAACUUUAAGCUUCCGAAUUCAGAAAGUGUCAAAGGCAAGAUUGAAGUUUUGGACAGUCCAGCAAGUAAAAGAAAGAAGCAGUGAAAUAAGUGAUGUGAAAAGAAA